GUCGGAGGGUCGGAGUUCAUUGUGCCACAAGUGCAUUCCGAGUACCGGCGACGCCAAUUGCUCGUUACGAGCCCAGUUGCGAAUCGCUCUGUGAAAGCGACAGUGACAUUUCCCAGAGCGAGGGCUCGGCCCUCGCGAGAGAUCGGUUCCCGAGAUCGGGAGUAAAAGAAAAAAACGCCGCAAGAUCUGCGUGUGCAACCGCGAGAUGAUGCUCUCGCGCUCUCGCGUGACAAAGCGCAGCGACAUGCUCCCGUUUCGUUCAUUUCGUCACUUUGUGUGAAGCUUCCCGGUACAACAAGGAGUUAAUUUGAAUUUCGUCUCGCGCGUGCUUGUGAGAAAUGGUGAGGCGAGAUUAGCGGUACAUGUAUAGGAGUCACGUGGAUUAAAUCGAAGGCCGGAGUAUAUUGCGUUUUCCUUCGUUCGACUGGUUAGCCGACUUGCGGCUGAUACGCGAGAAGAUGAAAGGGUCACUUUUGCCUGGUCAACGCCGACAACCACCGUGGUUUCUUCGAUGUGGAUUCUACUGAGGAAAUCGCGUUUGAAAUCCAACAAAUACCUCUAUCCUUUUCGCAAAAACGCAAUUUUACUGAAAUGAGUCUCUCGGAGAUUUCGUGGAUCUUCAUCCUGAUCGCGGCGUUUGAAAGAGCAUUUGUCGUUAACUCGCUGACCGGGGAUCACGUGUGCCCAAGACUAGAGAAUUACACAGUCACGUCGUACGAGACUUACACCGAGCCGGUCGUGGUCAACUCGUUCACCUGGUGCCUACAAAUUCCCCCGAGAUGUCCCAAGACGUGGACCGAACUACGACAACGGUAUCGUGUGAAGACGGAGGAAAAAUCGAGGACCCUCGAGGAAUGCUGCGAGGGAUACAAAGUGACUCACGGCGAUGCGGAAGCGGAUGCGGGCUGUUCACCGUUUUGCGAAAAAUGUGUGGCAGGUGUGUGCGUAGCACCGAACGAAUGCCGGUGCGAUCCUGGAUAUCACGGAGAUGACUGCGCCCACGUGUGUCCAACGGGAUUCUGGGGCCCGCACUGUACGAAAGUGUGCAACUGCGGUGAGAGCGAUAUCUGCGAUCCCGUAAACGGCACUUGUCAAUGCUCUUCAGGACUACAAGGACCGCGAUGCGAGGAGCGUUGCGCGAUCGGGCAAUGGGGCCCGCGUUGUGCAAACGAGUGCACAUGUCAAAACCGAGAUAAUGGCUGUGAUGCCGUAACCGGAAGCUGCAUCGACGACGACGGCGACGACGCCUUUUCGGUCGAGCAAACGUCGCCCGCUUAUUUGCAGAGCUCUACUGCCGACCGUCCACCGCAAACACCGGGAAUUACCAAUACGGAGCACACGGAGGUGGUCUCCGUGCCGCGUGGAACUACCGAACGUCAGACGGAAGUCGCAGGUAUCGAUGGCAAUUGGAAGGACAUAAAUUACGUUUCGGAAACGACGAGUCCGACGACAGCUUCGAUCGCGGCCCCUUCUCAAGGAACUAGGAACUCGGCAAACGAAACGCAAACGAAGGGUCCCUCCACGACCGCUCGGCCUGUGAUCGUCUUGGUCUCCGUUCCUGAACGCAGAAGGGACGUCGAGAAGGAUAGGCAAAAGUUCGCGACAAAGGACGCUCUUCUCGGACACGUCCAAGGCGACGAGAGCGCGGCAAGUGUCGAUUACGUGAAAACCAUUGACAAAGACGACAUUCAAACGCCAACGCCGAUUCCGUUGGACAUCGCUCUGAUCGUCGUCGCCGCGAUCGUCUCCCUCGGCCUGACCUCGCUCGCGGUGGUUAUGGUUCUUCAUAUGCGCUCCAAGCUCUUCGAGACCAUUCGUCUCGCCGUCUACGACGACGAGAAGACCAAGGGCCAGGAACGCGAGAGCGCGAACGGCGGAAGGACGUCCACGGUGAUGAACGCCACUCUGCCCCCACCCCCGAUCCGCGCGAAUCCGAUAUUUGCUAUUAAUACCGAACCGGAAACGAUACUGACGGUCGAUGGCAUCGAAUCGCUGAAUACCUACGCUAACGGCGCCGCCACGAUCGGCCUGCGAAUUUCUGGCAAUUUUCGCGAUCUGUUACAAGAUGGCCAUUACGAUCGACCAUCGGCAACUCUGAUACGUCUGCAGACAAACUUGGACCAUAACACGGAGCACUUGUACGACGAAAUACCAUUGCAGACCGCUCCAUUGUCGAAUCGCAAGGAUCUGUGAUGGAGAAACGAUUCCACUUACUACAUUCAUAGUCCAGUCUAUUGAUAUCUUUAGCAGUAUAGUUUGGUAAUGCGUCACCGCAAAGAGACCUUGAGGUGUUUUUAGGCGAAACGUGACCUGUCACACGGAUAAAACGAUCGGUGAAAAGUCGAUCGCACGAGGCCGAAGAAAAAUGCGCGAAAACUGGUUUCCGACCUUACGCAGAGUCGACGAAUGCACAAGGCUGAACGUGACUGUAAUUGAGUGGCACAGGCGGAGAAACAAGUCGUUCGAGUAUCUGCCGUACUGUCAGUGACCGACAGUAGAAUUUAAUCAGCGGAGCGUGAAGCUCCUUCUGAAUAAACUAUUUCGUAGUUUCUGACGUCGAGCCGGGGGCGAAUGCACCCGAUCACGAUAUUGCGCGCGAAUGCGCAAUUAGAUGGAAAAUGCAGAAUAAUAGAGUCCCGUAUGCUCUAACGAGCGGGUGAAAAUAUAGCGCACCGACUGUUAUUAUCCGAAUGAUAUUAAACGUAGCCUGCGGGGGCGGAACUAGCUGUUUGCGAGUAAAUAGAUGCGAAAGUAAAUUGCCCGGUGUGUAAAUCUGGUAGUCUCUCGUUCAACGUUGACGUAAUUCAUCGUUUAUUUAUUUCAGUUAACGUUGCCAGAACGAUUUUUUCCAUAUUUAUUUAUUAUCGCGUCGCUAACAGGACGUCGACCGUAAUAUUGAUAACGUUAUUAUAAAUUCGUUAAUAAUCAGUCCCGUAGUAAUCGCAUCCUGCGAAGAAGCACUGUUUUCCUAGACAUGAAAACAUAUCCUGCGAUAAUAUACCGAGUUCCCGACAACAUCAGCAAUUAUGUGUACAUAAGCGAUAAUGUGACCGAUGAUACCAAAUUCGUUAUCGUGAGAGGAAGUACACUUAAUGACUUUUACGCCUCGAAACUGAAACCGACGAAUAAAAAUUUAAGGUGAACGCAAUACACGCGUUCUAAAAAAGUACAACCUAACGUUUGACAUUUAAAAAAGUUUUAAUGAUUAUCUAGUAGGAAAAUCUUGAGGGUCGCCAGCAAUAAUUAACAACAUCAAAUUUAGUUGACUAAUGAUUCAUGAUUAUCUGCAGUAAAUUAAAUUUUGGAUAAAUCGUGUAAGUAUUGCGUUAGACUUUAUUAUUUACUAUUUUCGUUAUAGUGAGAGGAAGUAGUGGCUUUUGUGCCUCGAAACUGAGACCAACGAACGAAAAUUUAAGGCAAGAGCAACACACGCGUUCUAAAAAAAAUAUAACUUAGCGUUUGACAUUUGUAAAAAAGUUUUAAUGACUAUCCGCAGUAAAUGAAAUUUUGAAUAAAUCGUGUAAGUAUUGCGUUAGACUUUAUUAUUUACUAUUUUCGUUAUAGUGAGAGGAAGUAGUGGCUUUUGUGCCUCGAAACUGAGACCAACGAACGAAAAUUUAAGACAAGAGCAACACACGCAUUCUAAAAAAAAUAUAACUUAGCGUUUGACAUUUGUAAAAAAGUUUUAAUGACUAUCCGCAGUAAAUUAAAUUUUGAAUAAAUCGUGUAAGUAUUGCGUUAGACUUUAUUAUUUACUAUUUUAUCAUUACUUUGUAAGAAGUUACAUUAAUAUAACUUGAUAUGCAGCGAUAUUUUUAUAUACUAGGAGAAUCAUCGAGAGGGAUAAUAAACUAUGUCAUUAUCUUCGGUACUUCCCUCCGGUGUUUUCCAUGGGAGAGGAGAAAAACUUUCCGUUUCUAUGUCACGCGAUAAUUUGAUGUAUCUCUUCGUUUUGCACUGACUUUUUUUAUUUCGCACACUCGUUUCAAGGAAAUGUUAUUUGCAGUCAGCAUUAGCUUAUCGUAAUUAAAUAAACAAAUACCGUACACU